AUGGCAUCAAUAUUAACAGAAACAGCUGCGAACACAGCCAAGGCCGCCUUCUCAUCCGCCACCCUCACAUCCGCCGCCCCUUUCACUCCCCGGAAAACCUUCGACGUCUCCUCUUCAAUAGUCCGUUCAUACUUUCUCGGACAUCAUCAUGCCGCUCUGUCGCGUAUGCGCCGCACUCUUUCUAACGUCGGCCUGGUCAUCGAGUGUCGGGACAUGCGGGUCCCCCUGACCUCCUGGAACCCCCUCUUGGAAUCCACCCUCAUGUACGGCAACUCCCUCAACUUCGGCCGGGGAGGCGACAAAGGCUUUGUUCCUGGUAGCAGCAGCGGGGCCUGCCGCGCACGCAUCAUCGUUUAUACGCACAAGGACCUCCUGCCGGGCGCUGAGGCGCACAGGAUAGCCCAGACACUAGCCGCCUUCCACGAGAAACAUGGGGCAGGCAACACCUCCGUGUUAUUCCAUGGCGCUGGGAACGAGAGCAAGGGCACCAAAGAUCUGCUGAAAGAAAUCAAGCGCGUAGCAAAAGACGACGAGAGCAUCACGGGCCUGCGAGCACUGGUGGUCGGCAUGCCCAACGCAGGCAAGUCAUCACUCCUCAACCGCCUGCGGUCACAGGGCAAGCCAACUCGGGGUGGUGCCUCCAAGGUCGCCAAGACGGGCUCCGAGCCGGGCGUCACGCGGAAGCUCGGCACGCCGGUGCGAAUCAUCGCCGGGGAUGACAACUCGGAGGGUGUCUUUGUCCUGGACACGCCGGGAGUGUUCAUCCCGUACGUGCCGGACGCCGAGGCGAUGCUCAAACUCACGCUCGCGGGCUGCGUCAAGGAUGGGCUUAUCUCGUGGGUCACCGUCGCCGACUAUCUCCUCUUCCAUCUCAACCUAUUUGACCCAACCGGGAAGGUCUACGCUGAGUUCUGCGAAGAGCCCACGAACGAUGUCCAUGAGUUUCUGAAGGGCGUAGCCAGGCGCACGGGGAAGCUCAUGAAGGGUGACGAGGAGUUCUUGGAGGGCGCUGCCGACUGGGUGGUCAGGAGGUGGAGGAACGGCAUGCUUGGACAAUUUGUCUUGGACGAGGUUACCUGGAGCAGCCUCGAGGCGGCAAGGAAGCUGAGCUUGGAGCCGCCGUUGAGUAUGAACCAGGCGAGGAAGCGAGAGAAGGAGGCGAGGAAGGAUAGGGCAUUGGCGAAGCAUGCCCAGAAAUAG